AUGGAACAGCGAGCUCUCGUCCAGCUGGCAGUACUGGCAUCACUUGCCACCAUCAGCGCCUUUGUGGUCAUUGGACUGUACCACAAGCGUCAAAAGUACCAGAAGAUUGAGGAUGUAAAGCAGCCUGUAGCGUCGUCUGUUUCGAAGGCGCAGCCUGUCACGUCGAAGGAGAAGGAACCGGAGGCGACGGUCCCUCAAGACGUUCCCAAGCCGCCACUCCCUGUAGAGAACGUUGGAGAGCAGGAAGCCACACUAGCCACUAAGCAAUACAAAGCUGGAGAAUAUGAAGGAGCUAUCGAUCUCUAUUCCGUCGCCAUCUCCAAGUGCGAGCAGCAGCAUCCGCUGGACGCCCGCAACCUUAAAGUCAUGUACUCGAACCGCGCGGCAGCCUAUGAGAAGCUCCAGGACUAUGAUAAUGUUGUCGCUGACUGUACUAUGGCUCUGAGUUUGGAUAAUAGACACCCCAAGUCAUAUUUACGUCGGGCCAAGGCUAGAGCUAACAUGGGGGACCUGCGUGGGUCACUAGUGGACUACGUAUGUUUGCUGGUGAUUUCCGAGGAGAAGCAGGAGCAAGUGGAUGAGAAUUUGGCUCAAGAGAUCAGUCGUAUUCAUAGUGAAAUCACUGCAAAGGAGAUUGAGGAUGCCCAGCAGAACAAGCAGGACCCCAUACGGUACCUACCCGACCAGUUUUUUGUCACGUCGUACUACUCGUCAUUCCAUCCUAGCGACGAUGAAAAUGACAUUGUUGCUGAUAAAUCUUCAGAGGAAUAUACGAUAGAGUUAGAGGCUCUGGAGACCGGAGAUGACCUUCGGGCGCAGCGUAGCUUGCUGCUAACGAAACGUGGACUUGCGUUGAAGAAGGAAAAAGACUAUGACAUGGCUGCCAAGGACCUGGACGCUGCCUGCAGGAUCGGUCAGCCUGAAGACGAGGCGUACUACACAGCCCAGAUUGAGAACGGAACGUAUCACCACCUGCGUGGCGAGUUCGAGCUCGCUCGUAAGUCGUUCGAGAAAGCCCUAGCUGCUAAACCCCACUCCAUUUUCGCCAAAAUCCGCAUGGGUGGUCUCUGUUUUGAUCAGAAAGAUCUGAAGAUGGCGCUUGAAUGGUUUGACAAGGCUCUGGCUGAGAAGUCCGAGUGCUCUACGGCCUACUUUCACCGGGGGCAGCUUCACUCUAUCGACGUGUCGCCGGAUGGUACCAGCAAUGAAUCGUCGAUGGCGGCAGCUCGGAGUGACCUGGAAAAGUGUAUUAGCAUUGCACCUGAUUUUGCAAUGGCCUACAUUCAAUUGGGUGUCACCCAUGCUCGUAACGGCAACUUCCAGGGCGCCAUAGAAUACCUUACAACGGCGGCUCGCAUCACACCAGAUGUGCCGGAGAUUUACAACUACUUGGGAGAGACAUACAUGCAGAUGCUGCAGGUUCCGGGUAGUGCCGUUGAUCUGAAGACUGUGGAGGAAAUGUUUGAGAAGGCGAUCGAGCUGGACCCGUCGUACCCGAUGGCAUACAUUAAUCAGGGCAAUUUGUUGGUGCAAAAGGGCACGGAGUACGGUCACCAGGCGCUUGGUUUGUUUGAAAAGGCUGUGGAAAUGUGCCCUCGCUCCAAGUUUGCAUACUGCCAUCUCGCCCAGGUCUACAUGGCAAUGCAGGAGUAUUCACGCGCCAUCGAACAGAUUGACAAGGCGGUGGCUUUUGCCUUCAGCAAGGACGAAUUCAACGAGCUAUUUGCUAUCCGUGUGACAGCCGAGACACACCAACAAGCCUCAUUGUUGCUCCACUAA